UAUUAAUUAGCCGACUUAAAGGAGCCGAGUCAUGUGACGCUGUCACAGCUUUAAGAGUCUUAGCAUGGCGCUCGGUGUUGUGUGGUUUAUCACCACUGUUUUUACUUUUGUUCAUUUAACACCAUUCAUUUUACUCGAAGAGGAACAUCAUUUCAGUCAGUGGAUGUUACAGCACAACAAAGUUUAUGACAAAGAGGAGUUUUACCACCGACUCCAAGUAUUCACAGAAAAUAAGAAGUUCAUUGAUCAUCAUAAUGCAGGGAAUCACUCCUUUACAAUGGGACUCAAUCAGUUCUCAGACAUGUCAUUUGAGGAAUUCAGGAAAUGGUACCUCCUGACACAGCCUCAGAACUGCUCAGCUACUAAAGGGCAACAUGUCAGCAGGACUCGUCCGAACCCCUCGUCUAAAGACUGGAGGAAGAGAGGGAACGUCGUGGCUCCUGUGAAGAACCAGGGUCACUGUGGAAGCUGUUGGACCUUCUCUACGACUGGUUGUUUGGAGUCUGUAAAUGCUAUCGCUACUGGGAAGCUAAUACCUCUGUCAGAGCAGCAGCUGAUCGACUGUGCCCGUGCCUUUAAGAACUAUGGAUGCAUGGGUGGGCUCCCCAGCCAGGCGUUUGAGUACAUCAAAUACAACAAGGGUCUUAUGUCAGAGGAGGACUAUCCUUACAAAGGCCAUGAAGAAACCUGCGAUUUUAAGCCUGCACAUGCUGCUGCUUUUGUCAGGGAUGUUGUCAACAUAACCACUAAUGAUGAGAAAGCCAUGGUUGACGCUGUGGCCUGGCUCAACCCUGUGUCCUUUGCCUUUGAUGUCACAUCUGAUUUUAUGCACUACAAAGAAGGUGUUUACUCCAGCUUGCAGUGUGAGAAAACCGCAGACAAGGUGAAUCAUGCAGUCCUAGCUGUGGGUUACGGAGCUGAAAAGGAUGGCAUGCUGUAUUGGAUUGUGAAGAACUCUUGGGGCACAGCCUGGGGAACGGACGGAUAUUUUUUGAUCAAGCGAGGAGAAAACAUGUGUGGACUGGCUACGUGUGCGUCCUACCCUCUCGUUUAGUUUAUGGAGUAAGUAAGCAGGACUGAUGAAAAUAUCAUCCAGCGACAUCAUCAAUUGAGUGACAGUUAGGGAACGUUUUUACUUUAAUGUUCACUGUUUCAAGGGAAAGUUUGGUUUCCCAACAUAAUGUACAAUAUUUUUAAAUGUUCUCACUUAAUGAGGAAUAAAAAAAAAGAGAGAUGGAAGGAGAAACAAAUGUAUAAAGUACUGUAAACAAUCACAUAUGUGUAUUUUACAUUCAAUACGUUGUAUGAUGUAUUUUUAAAAACCCUUUUCAAAAACGUUUGUUUUACAAUAUCACGAUCACACAUGAAAGAAGCUCAGAGCUACUCAGAUGCAACAUUAUUAUCCUUUCAAACAUGAUGCCUUUACUGGGUAAUUUGAUGUAUUUUUAUGUACAGUGUCUUCAAAUAGUUAAAAUAAAUCUGUGUCACCAUCACCA